AAUAACAAAUGAAUACGCAAAAACAGCCACAGACCCUAACAUUCCUGCCACACUGGGAACGCCUGUCAUCGUGCCAGGAGGCCAGAGGCCUGGGUGGGAAGAGUUCUCACAACAUUCCGGUAAGGUAGGCAUCAUGAGCUCUGCUUAGAGAUGGAGAGGAACGAGGAACGAGCCCCAAGGGAUUUUCUGCUCUGUCAGAUGGCCCCCAUGUGCGCACCAGCAGACGCCAUGUGGAUCCAGGUUCGCACCAUGGACGGCAAGGUGGCCCACACUGUGGACUCGCUGUCCAGGCUGACCAAGGUGGAGGAGCUGAGGAGGAAGAUCCAGGGGCUGUUCCACGUGGAGCCAGGCCUGCAGAGGCUUUUCUACAGGGGCAAGCAGAUGGAGGACGGCCACACUCUCUUCGACUAUGACGUCCGCCUGAACGACACCAUCCAGCUCCUGGUCCGCCAAAGCCUGGUGCUUCCCCCCAGCAGCAGCAAGGAGAAGGACUCUGAACUGUCAGAUACCGAUUCUGGCUGCUGCCUGGGCCAGAGCGAGUCGGACAAGUCCUCCAACAGCGGCGAGGCGGCCUCGGAGGCGGACGGGAAGGCGGGCUUAGCGGAUGAAGACGCGUGGGACGAGACGGAGCUGGGUCUGUACAAGGUCAACGAGUAUGUGGAUGCUCGGGACACGAACAUGGGGGCGUGGUUCGAGGCGCAGGUUGUCAGGGUGACCAGGAAGGCACCUUCCCAAGACGAGCCCUGCAGCUCUACCUCCAGUGUGACGCCUGAAGACGACAUCAUUUACCACGUCAAAUAUGACGACUACCCGGAGAAUGGAGUGGUCCAGAUGAGUCCCCGCGACGUGCGGGCCCGUGCCCGAACCAUUCUGCAGUGGCAGGAGAUAGAGGUCGGCCAGGUGGUCAUGCUCAACUAUAACCCCGACAACCCGAAGGAGCGUGGCUUCUGGUAUGAUGCGGAAAUCCUGCGCAAGCGUGAGACGCGGACGGCACGGGAGCUCUAUGCCAACGUCAGGCUCGGGGACGAUUCUCUCAAUGACUGUCGGAUCAUCUUCGUGGACGAGGUGUUCAAGAUCGAGCGCCCGGGCGAGGGGAGCCCCGUGGUGGAAAACCCGAUGAGAAGGAAGAGCGGGCCCUCCUGCAGGCACUGCAGAGACGACGAGAACAAGGCCUGCCGCGUGUGCGCCUGCCACCUGUGCGGGGGCAAGCAGGACCCGGACAAGCAGCUCAUGUGCGACGAGUGCGACAUGGCCUUCCACACCUACUGCCUGCGCCCGCCCCUCAGCAGCAUCCCCAAGGAGGACGAGUGGUAUUGCCCCGAGUGUCGGAACGACGCCAGCGAGGUGGUGCUGGCCGGGGAGAAGCUGAAAGAGAGCAAGAAGAAGGCGAAGAUGGCAUCGGCCACGUCCUCCUCCCAGCGGGACUGGGGCAAGGGCAUGGCGUGCGUGGGCCGUACCAAGGAGUGCACCAUCGUCCCGUCCAAUCACUACGGACCCAUCCCGGGGAUCCCCGUGGGCACCAUGUGGAGGUUCAGAGUCCAGGUCAGCGAGUCGGGGGUCCAUCGACCUCAUGUGGCGGGCAUCCACGGCCGGAGCAACGACGGGGCUUACUCCCUGGUCCUGGCCGGGGGAUACGAGGACGACGUGGACCACGGGAAUUCUUUCACGUACACGGGCAGCGGUGGUCGAGAUCUUUCUGGCAACAAGCGGACCGCGGAGCAGUCUUGUGAUCAGAAGCUCACCAACACCAACAGGGCGCUGGCCCUGAACUGCAGCGCCCCCAUCAACGACCGCAAAGGGGCUGAGGCCAAGGACUGGCGGUCGGGGAAGCCGGUGCGGGUCGUGCGGAACGUCAAGGGUCGGAAGCACAGCAAGUACGCCCCCGCCGAGGGCAACCGGUACGACGGCAUCUACAAGGUCGUGAGGUACUGGCCAGAGAAGGGCAAGUCCGGCUUCCUGGUGUGGCGCUACCUGCUCCGGCGGGACGAUGCGGAACCUGGUCCCUGGACGAAGGAGGGGAAGGACCGGAUCAAGAAGCUGGGGCUGACCAUGCAGUACCCGGAAGGCUACCUGGAGGCCCGGGCCAGGAGGGAGAAGGAGAACAGCAAGAGGGAGGCCAAGGACGAGGACGAGGACGAGGACGAGGACGAGGAGGGGGGCUUCACCUCCCCCAAGAAGGGCAAGGGCAAGCGGAAGUGCAAGUCCGGAGGGGGCAAGACUGGUGCUGGGUCCCCGCGAGGGACACCUAAGAAAAGCAAGGUGGAGCCCUAUAGCCUCACGGCCCAGCAGAGCAGCCUCAUCAAGGAGGACGAGAACAACACUAAGCUGUGGAGCGAGAUCCUGAAGUCGCUCAAAGACGGGCCGUUCCAGAAGUUCCUGAGUAAAGUGGAGGAGACGUUCCAGUGCAUUUGCUGCCAAGAGCUGGUGUUUCGCCCCAUCACGACCGUGUGCCAGCACAACGUGUGCAAGGAACCAUCACCCUUGCCGGGACCUGAUAGAAACCCCUGCCAGCUACGGGGCACCUGUCGUCCGCGGCCUUGGCUCUCCAGUACGACCGGGACUCUGAAGUGUGACGGUCCCUCAGCUGCAGCCAUGGGGUCUGAGGAUCACGGGGCCCAGAACCCGAGCUGUAAAAUCAUGACGUUCCGCCCAACCAUGGAAGAAUUUAAGGACUUCAACAAAUACGUGGCCUACAUCGAGUCCCAGGGAGCCCACCGGGCGGGCCUGGCCAAGAUCAUCCCCCCAAAGGAGUGGAAGCCGAGGCAGACGUACGAUGACAUCGACGACGUGGUCAUCCCGGCCCCCAUCCAGCAGGUGGUGACGGGCCAGUCGGGCCUCUUCACACAGUAUAACAUCCAGAAGAAGGCCAUGACGGUCGGGGAGUACCGCCGCCUGGCCAACAGCGAGAAGUAUUGCACCCCGCGGCACCAGGACUUCGACGAUCUGGAGCGCAAGUACUGGAAGAACCUCACCUUCGUCUCCCCCAUCUACGGGGCCGACAUCAGCGGCUCCCUGUACGAUGACGACGUGGCCCAGUGGAACAUCGGGAGCCUGCGGACCAUCCUGGACAUGGUGGAGCGCGAGUGCGGCACCAUCAUCGAGGGCGUCAACACCCCCUACCUGUACUUCGGCAUGUGGAAGACCACCUUCGCCUGGCACACGGAGGACAUGGACCUUUACAGCAUCAACUACCUGCACUUCGGGGAGCCCAAGUCCUGGUACGCCAUCCCACCGGAGCACGGCAAGCGCCUGGAGCGGCUGGCCAUCGGGUUCUUCCCCGGGAGCUCCCAGGGCUGUGACGCCUUCCUGCGGCACAAGAUGACCCUCAUCUCACCCAUCAUCCUCAAGAAGUACGGGAUCCCGUUCAGCCGGAUCACGCAGGAGGCCGGGGAGUUCAUGAUCACGUUCCCCUACGGCUACCACGCCGGGUUCAAUCACGGGUUCAACUGCGCGGAAUCUACGAACUUCGCCACCCUGCGGUGGAUCGAUUACGGCAAGGUGGCCACUCAGUGCACGUGCCGGAAGGACAUGGUCAAGAUCUCCAUGGACGUCUUCGUGCGCAUCCUGCAGCCAGAGCGGUACGAGCUGUGGAAGCAAGGCAAGGACCUCACGGUGCUGGACCACACCCGGCCCACAGCCCUGAGCAGCCCCGAGCUGAGCACCUGGAGCGCCUCCCGGGCCUCACUCAAGGCCAAGCUCCUGCGCAGACAAAUUAGUCUGAAAGAAAACAGACACUGGAGAAAGACUGAGGAGGACAGAAAGGCCAGUCUAGAAAGGAAGAAAGAGCAGACCAGGAGGCCGGGGCCGCCGUCCCACCGGAAACGGAGCCAGCCCAAGAAGCCCAAGCCAGAAGACCCCAAGUCCCCAGGGGAGGGGGCCGCCGGGGCCGCCCUCCUGGAGGAGGCUGGCGGCUUGAAGGAGGAGACCUCACAGGAGGCCGACCCCGAGGAGGAAGAGGAGGAGCCCCAGCCGACGCCACCGCAGGGCCGGGAGGCCGAGGCCACAGAAGCCUCCCGCCACGUCAGGCUCCACAUUCGCAGGACGCGGGCAUCUCUGGGGACCGUGAUUCCACCAGACAGUUGCUCAUCCGUUCAGUUUUCUCUGAUGUGCUGGCCGCCGGUUAAAACACCACUGAAGACACCCCUGGCCUGCCUCCCGCCCUGCCCUGCCACCUGCCGGAGAUCCCCCAGCACCGGCCCUCGGGGGUGGCCCUCCAGGCCCAGCAGGCUCUCCAGUUCUGCUCAAGCGACCACUUUUCACGAAGACGGAAAGGGCAAGCUGCGGCCAGCCAAGGCCAAGAGCGACAGGAAGAAAAAGAGCUAUGGUCCCCUGCACCCCCACCACGCCCUCUUGCCCCAGCUGCCGCCGCCCCCACCUGCCCAGUUCCCCGCCGAGGAGGCACCCAGGCUGCCACCCCUGCUGGAGUCCCCAGCGCUGGCCCCGGGCCCCGCACCAGCCGAGGAGAACCCCCCCCCACCGCCUCUCAACGUCAUGCCCCCCGAGGCACCUGGCGAGGAGCCAGAGGUGAAGCCACGCCCCAUCAUCCCCAUGCUGUAUGUGGUGCCGCGGCCCAGCACGCUGUGUGACAAGGGCCGCGUGUCCUGCCAGCAGGCCUUUGAGCACUUUGCCCAGAGGGGCCCCACCUGGAAGGAACAGGCGGCCCCCAUGGAGCUGACGGGUCCCGAGGAGGAUAGCAGAGCCGGCGAGGUGCAGGCACCGUCCACAUUUUCCAAAUUGAAGAUGGAAAUCAAGAAAAGCAGACGCCACCCCCUGGGCAAGCCACCCACCCGCUCCCCGCUGACCGUGGUCAAGCAGGAGGCCUCGAGUGACGAGGAAGCCUUCCCUUUCUCCGGGGAGGAGGACAUGAGUGGCCCCGAGGCCUUGAGGUCUUUGCUCUCCCUGCAGUGGAAGAACAAGGCUGCCGGUUUCCAGGCCGAGAGGAAGUUCAACGCGGCGGCCGCCCUGACCGAGCCCUACUGCGCCAUCUGCACUCUCUUCUACCCUUACACCCAGUCCCUACAGACCGAGAAGGAGGCUCCCCAGGCCUCUCUCGGGGAGGGUCCCUCGGUGGCUCCCCCUUCCAAAAGUGGCCAGAAGACACGGCCGUUGAUCCCCGAGAUGUGCUUCACGUCCGGCGGCGAGAACACGGAGCCGCUUCCCGCCAACUCCUACAUCGGCGACGACGGGACCAGCCUGCUGAUCGCCUGCGCCAAGUGCUGCCUGCAGGUUCACGCCAGUUGCUACGGCAUCCGCCCCGAGCUGGUCAACGAGGGCUGGACGUGUUCCCGGUGCACGGCCCACGCCUGGACUGCGGAGUGCUGCCUUUGUAACCUCCGGGGCGGAGCCCUGCAGAUGACCACCGACCGCAGGUGGAUCCACGUGAUCUGUGCCAUCGCGGUCCCCGAAGUGCGCUUCCUGAACGUGAUGGAGCGCCACCCUGUGGACAUCAGCGCCAUCCCCGAGCAGCGGUGGAAGCUGAAAUGCGUGUACUGCCGGAAGCGGAUGAAGAAGGUGUCAGGAGCCUGCAUCCAGUGCUCCUGUGAGCACUGUUCCACCUCCUUCCACGUGACCUGCGCCCACGCCGCCGGGGUCCUCAUGGAGCCUGACGACUGGCCCUACGUUGUGUCCAUCACCUGCUUCAAGCACAAGUCAGGGGGCCACACCGUCCAGUUCCUGAGGGCCGUGUCCUUGGGCCAGAUGGUCAUCACCAAGAACCGAAACGGGCUCUAUUACCGCUGCCGGGUCAUCGGCACCAGCACGCAGACCUUCUACGAAGUCAACUUUGACGAUGGGUCCUACAGCGACAACCUGUACCCGGAGAGCAUUACCAGUAGGGACUGUGUCCGGCUGGGACCCCCACCCGAGGGCGAGUUUGUUGAGCUUCGGUGGGCGGAUGGCAACAUGUACAAGGCCAGGUUCAUUUCCUCCGUGACGAGCCACGUCUAUCAGGUGGAGUUCGAGGACGGGUCCCAGCUGAUGGUGAAGCGCGGGGACAUCUUCACCCUGGACGAGGAGCUCCCCAAGAGGGUCCGGUCGCGGCUGUCGCUCAGCACGGGGGCACCUCAGGAGAACACCUUCUCGGGAGAGGAGGUGAAGGCCGCCAAGCGCCCGCGAGUGGGCACCCCACGCGCCCCCGAGGACUCAGGACGGAACCCGGACUACCUAGCGUUCAUGGAGAGCCUCUUGCGGGCGCAGUGCCGGCCCGGGGCCCCCUUCUAGGACAGCCGGCCGCCCGGCGACCCCUCGGCCCAGCAAGGCAGGCGGCGGCCGGCCCUGGCGUUUGCUUGCUGUGAAUUCCUGUCCUCGCCUCCCCGGCCCCCGAGAGGCUACCUCUGCGCGGCCGCCCCCGCUCUGCGGCGACAGGAGCCAGCAGGACGCCGGCGCGCGGCCCCCCGGACUCAGGGAGCAGGGCCACGCGGGCUCUGGGGGGGCCGGCCGGGGACUCGCGCCACCCCCACGACUCAGAUUCGUAAACCAUGUAAGCUCUUCUCGAAAAGGUGCUACUGCUUUGCCUGCCUCCUGAGCAGCCUUGGAGGUUGUGACUUCUGUACAUACGUGACCUUUGUGAGGCUCUUUCUAGAAAUACCUGUUGUUUAAAAAAACACGAGGAAAAAAAGGAAAACAAAGAAAAGGAAAAAAAAUCCCCAAAGUUGUUUUCUAGAUUUGUGGCUUUAAACACGAAACAAAACAAAACAGAAACGUUCUUUUUUUUCCAGAACCAAGAUACGCUGAGGGAGAUAAAAGCAUCUCGGGUUUUUUGUUGGCUUGUUGGUUUGUUGGUCAUUGUUUUAAAACCUCGCUUGUCUGCCCACCAGCGGCAGGGAGGUGCCCCGCAUGCGGGGAGGCCCGGUGGCACCUGGGAGGCCAGGCAGGGUGCCGGUGACAGGGUGACAGGCGUCGGCCCGGCCCUCCUCUCUCCGGGACUUGGCGAAGGUCUGGGCGGCCGGCCCUGCCUGCUCCCUCUGGGGGCGACCACCAGCUGCAGGGGUCGCAGAGCCCCUUUCCGGUCCACGCGCGCCUUCACGAAAUAAACACGCUCUCUCCUG